CAAGACGCAGGACAGUUUCUACUCGCUCAUCUGAGAAAGGACAUGAAACACCUCAUCAGAAGUCUGGGUAAGGGGACAGACGACACAAUCAGCACCGUUCACCUGGUCAUCAACAGCCUCCUGGAGACACACCAGCAGCAAAGAUGGCCUGUUCAGUAUGACAAUCUUCUCUCGACCAAAGAAGCACGAAACGGCUGGGAAAUUGAAAUGAGCGCUGCCAUUAUCACACCACAUCUGAAGCACUUGGAUAGACAGCUAAUGGAAGUGAACACAUUUAUCCGGGCUGACUCUCGUAUCUCUGCCAGUCCAAUUAUGAAGCUAAUUUUUGGAGAUCCUCAGCUCUUCUUGGCUUCACUUCCUCCAAAAUCUCUGAUCCAUGUUUCUGCCGUGUGGAGCUGCCGGGAGAAGGUGUCUCUGUUGAGCCUCACUCACAUCGUGGAGCAAAAUGAUGGCAAAGACACCUUGCCGGUCCUCUGGAGAUUCCUCCAUAGGGAAGCAGAAAUCCGACUGGUGAAGCACCUUCCUGAAAUCCUGGCACUCCAGAGGGAUCUAGUGAAGAAGUUUCUGAACAUCGCUGAGCUAACGGAAGGCAGCAUCGCUGAAUUUCUCCGCAAUCAGAAAGCAGUUUCGCUCAAAACCUGGUACGAAAAACACAUCAGAAUCUUCCUGGCAACCUGGAAUCAGCUCAGAGUAUCGCUGGCAACCAAUGGUGAGAUUAAGAUCCCGGCUGAGUUCUGCCAGAAUGACCUGGACCUCAACAGUGACUUCAGGGUGCUGUUGCCACGGCGACACGGCCCAGGCCUGUGCUCUACAGCUCUCGUCAGCUACCUAAUUGCGCUGCACAAUGACAUUAUAUACUGUGUGGACAAGCACACUGGAGAGGAGACCAGCUACAAAGUAAGCCCUGCAGAUCUGACUGACCUGCAUGUGAUUCGUUACGAGCUGGAGAGGGAUGUGAUGCCGCUGGUUCUGUCCAACACCCAGUACAGCAUCGAGCGGGGCCAGGAGACCCUUCACGAGUAUGACUUGCCUAAGAUCGAGCAGCAGAUCAUCUCACGCUUCCUGCUGGGCAAGCCUCUCAUCACUCUCAAUGGCCUUCCUACACUAGUGAAUAGACACGAUCGCAACUACGAGAUUAUCCUCAAGGUCAUAAAAGAAAAAGUCAAACAAGAGCCUCUUCAGACUCUCACUCUCUUUGCUGUGGCUGGAGAGCUCCACUCCUACAGUGAGGUGUGUGACGCUUUGUCAAUGCUGGAAGUGGCCCUUGGUUUCCUUGCAAUGACUGGGGGAGAGCCUCAUAUGCAGCUGUCCUCCUACCUGGAGGAGGUGCUGCAGAUGGGAAACCAGAUGGCUCAGCACAUCCUCAAGGCCUUUGGCAUGUGUUGCCUUAAACACUGUGUGGCACUGUGGCAGCUGCUGGCCUCACUUAAAUCAGAAAACAUGCUGCGCCUCAAGAGGGAUCCGUUUGUAGGAGUUUCAGAGAAGUACAAACAGGCCCUGGGUGAGGACGAGCACAGGCUGCUCAUUGGUUUCUUCUCUAAAAACAGCGCUGACACUUUCCUCCUGGAGAUGCACGAGUUCCUGGUGCUGUUCCUCAAAAAGCCAAAUGCAACUGAUACCUUCAGGCCUGGCUGGGGCUUGAAAGACACGCUGGGGUCUUACAUGGAGCGCAAAGACAUGGACAUUCCCGGUGAUGUGGAAGAGCUCUUCCCAGAAGAGAUCCUCCUGUCCCAUUACGUCGAAGCAUGGAAGUUUAUCGUAGCCUUCAAGCAGGAGCGCGGACAGAGACAAUGAGAACAAGAUUUAAGCUUUAUUCCUUUUUUUCAUUCUGUAUGCGAUGUCAUGAAAAUCCCUCAGAUCAUGUUUACAUCUUGAAAUGACAGUAUUCAUUUGUCAUGUAAUUACACGUAUACAGAGAAGACGUGCCUUUGACAGAGCACUAGCUUCAUAGAAUAAGACACAUUUUACAGCUUGUCUAUAUGAUAAUGUGAGCUUUUUUUCACUUAAUGAUCUCUUCUUGGAUUGUAUCACUUUCUAUUUUCUUUGAUGUUAUCUCUGCAGCUGCAGUUUAAGUCUGCUUACUUGCACUUUACAUUUAAUGUGAAUUUAAAAAAAAAGUUAAUUUACUCAGGUGAAAAAAAAUGGAUUAAAUUGAGGAAGGUAAAAUCAGACUUAUCUAAAUCACGUUUUCAGGAACAAGCUGACUUUUUUACUGAAGUCAUCAGUCACAUUUUGUCAUUUAAUUUUCUGGGUUUCUUUUGUAACGUUUGCUUCCUAUACAGAACAUCUACUUGCCCUUCUUUCACUUUAAGCUUGUCAUUGUGAUGUCAACUUUUUCCAUUCAUUUUCUUCGAGUUGUUAUUACUAAUUAGUAUAUUUACUGAGUUCAAUUCACUUUUCCUAUUGUUUCCAUUCUCCUCUUAGUAAUUUUUGUAUGUGGGAUCUGUAAUAUAAACAGCUUCCAGCAAACCUUUAAUGAUGCCUACAUUUGAUUUUUAUGUUUCUUUUGUUUACACAGAGGUUGUAGGCCAAAAACAUACACGUGUCAAAUAUAACCUCCUUUUCAACA